CUUUACCGCUCUCAUCUCCAUAUGCAAGCAGCUGUAGCGCGAUCUUAGGCAUGAGGUCCUGACUCGGCAAGCCUAAGCAGGCUGAGACGCCCAACAACGCAACAGGAUGCACAUCCUAGCUACCCAGACCGCAGCUCUGCCGCCUUCGGCCAACACCAACGGCGCCAUCGAGGUUAUCACUCAAGACCAUUUACCUUGCCCGACGAGUGCGCUAGAGGGCAGCAUCCGCUGCGGAGGCAGUGACGAAGAACGGAAGCGAUUCAACUAUCCACCGCGUCAUAGUUCGCGUGGGCACGAUCUGUCGGCAGACGAUGGCGAAGGAAAGGGCUCGCGGUGCUCUGUCCGAAAGGAUGAGCGGCAGAAGAUAUAUCUGCAGCCUAAGGUUCAGGUGACUACAGCUGCAGGGAGCCUAGGGAAACGGAGUAGCCAAGGCUUCAACAGCCAGGCCCAUCGCGUUGGGCCGAGUUUGUGCGGCAGUAUUGCUAGCAGCAUCGACCGGGAGAAAAUAGGCCAAUUUCAGUCCCAAGCUGGGGUCGGGUUCCAAUCCUGCAACUUGGACAACUCAGAGCAAAAUAUACACGACCCUAGUGCACUUGGCGGUCGGCAGCCCGUUACGUGGGCAGACGACGAGCAGAUCACAGACAACGACCAGGCUAGCGCCUCACGCAGCGCCAGCAUCUGCGGACGCUUCAGUACGUUUGAAUGCGAGGAUUUCGGCACGCCACGCCGCAUCGGAAAGAGCAAUAGCAGCAGCAGUGGCAACCGCAACCGCAGGGAGCAAAGUCGAGGGGCCAACAGGACGGCGCGAGCUGGUGAUCCCCAAGAAGAGGCCUACAGCGGCGAGGAUACUGGUGCUACUAGCUCAAUUCGCGAGCUGCCCCUCGAACUUGAGGACAAGUGUCGCAGCGAGGAGCUACUUGCUGGGAACCAUGCCAACUCUGGCGCCAAGAUCAAGCCCAUGUCACACCAGUCGAAACGCUCAGCAGCCGCGCACACCUCGGCAGUCGACGAGGACGACGUUCUCGAAGAAGGGGCCAAGCUCGAGGAACAACAUGCGGCCAUGACCAGCUCUCGAGCUGCCGCCGCUUCCGCAGCUACACCAACAUACAAGCACCUUGACAAGCCACUUCCUGCGCUUGAUUCUAGGACCAGUUCCGAUCGCAUGAGGACCAUUCGAGCCAUUGAUCUCGGCGGAUAUGUUCCCCGUCCAUCGACGAGUGAAGAUCAGCGCACCGGGAGUACGUCGCUGUCGAGCUCAAAAAGGCGUGCAAGGGACGCCUCGGUCACUACUACGAUAACAUCCUUGGGGAGUGCAAUGGGAGAAAAAGGCACACUUGCGCACCCGCAACGCAGACAUGAUGGAACGACACGAAGGUCUCCAGCCAAACAUUGCCAAGGGCCAGAAAAUGAGACCAGCGAAGAUGAGGGGAGUAAUAAUGUUCCUUCCACACUUAAGAGGACGGCUCCCAAAAGGACACCACCUAGAAGUCGUCUUCCGACUUUCCGGGUGCAAUGUACAGCUGCGAGCGUCGGGUAUUCGUCCAGCGGCAAGUCUGCGGCCAGCGAAGUGGCGCAGGGCUCGAGUCCUGCAACUUCGAGUUCUGAUUUGACGCAUGCUGGACCCAAAACAAGUGAUUAUGCGACAACAGGCAUUCUGACGAAGAACUUGAAGAAAGUCAUCGUCACAAAUUCGUCUCAUCUGCUGCUUCCGUUCAAAGGGCCUACAUCGUCAGACCAGCCUUGGAUCGAGGCCCCGGAAAGUUCUUUGGCAGCAGCGAGCAAAGAAAGUCUUCCCUCAUCUGCACCGAUUGCAGCCCAGUUCAGCUACUCUUUAGCGCCACCUGCGAGCAACAGCUGCUCGCCAAUGCCGAUGCCUGGGGGGACUCGCUUGUCUGCGUUGAGCGAAACACGUGGUUUUUUGCCCGUUUCCACGUCCACAGGCUCGUCUGGUGAGGUUGAUCCACGCAAAGCAGGCAACAGCUUCUCCGCUCUACGCGUGCCGACUGCACCGAGAUCAUCCAAACAUGCCGACUCCUCCAUUGGCCUGGCCUACUCCUCGAACUCUGCACCCUCGGCGCACAGCACGUUCCUCUCGCCUCCCAAUCCUCUGCGCUUCUCCAACGCCUCAAUACAUUCUUCCUUCUCGCGCAUACUCUCGCCUGCCCUGUCAGAGAACAGGAGCAGCGCGUCUCAGCGCUUGCAGCGGACGACUACACCGUCGACUACGCCGUCCAGCGCUGCCGCUACGCCAGUGCCGCAGGCGGCCACAAAUACGCCCCCCUCCUUCUCUACUGCUGCCAGCGGCCAGAGACACUUGUUCGUGUCUCUGCAAACCGUAGGAACCUUUCGCCGGUCGAGCUCGAAGGCAGGCUUGACGGGUGCAGGCGGCAUCUCGGCACCUGUGCGCAGCACCUCGCACGCAUCUAGCGUGCCCACAUCUGCAGAUCGUGAGAAGGACCUGCCGCCGCGACCGAAAUCGGCGCUAGCGGGUUUCUUCACCAGGUCCGCAUCUGCUCGCUCGUCGAGCCCAAAACCCACGCCGGAACGCCUACGUUCACAGACCGCUCUCGGCGGCAGACUCAAAGGUCUCACAAUCCUCAGAUCGUCUUCCGCUUCUAGUUCUUCUUCUCCGCUUCCAGACUCUGUCAAUGGCCGUGGGCACCUGAGCGCUGCGCCUGGUAGGACUCCCAGCAUCGGUCAGGCUGAACAUCUGGGCGAUGUCGAAGCGAAAAGCGACUCCACGAUGCAGCUGAAGAGUAGUGGCACUGGCAAAAAAUCAUCAGGACGGACACAGAAACGGUCAGCGACACCGCCUCAGCAACAACUGAGUGAUGGAGGCGGCAGUGGCAGUGGCGACGGCGAGCGAUCUCCGCGUAGACCAGCAGAAAGCGAGCAUCAGGGGGAGUGCGAGAACGUACCCAGCUCUACAUCCAUGUUACCAGAUUUCCGCAGGCUGAUUCCGCGUCGCAAGAGCCUGCUCGAAGCCGUCUUCGAGCCAUACGCGAAGAAUGGAAGCAGUGCAAGCGAACCUGGUCACACGGCUCUGUCCGCAGAGGCCGAGCCCGAAAUCUCGGCUGGUACCGGCCUUGGCCUUGGCCUCGAGAUCGAUACGCCUCCAAGCGGCGCUGCUACUUCAACAUCUCCACCUCGCAGCUUUGCAAAGGUGGCGACCAGUGUGCGGCAUCGUGGCAAUUCUCAUAAUCUGCACGACACGCGUCCGGUUCUGUUUUCUUUGACCGUUGCAGAACUGCCAACCGAGUCGGCACUCGACGACACCAUGAGCGAUGCCAGCCAUAGCAUGGAUCACGAAAGCGUCAUCGCAGAUAAGUCGUCGCUCUCGCCUUCCUCCUCAUUUUCGCACUCCAACACGGGGCAUGCGCCUUCGCCGACAUCGAGGCGACCCUCCCAACAAGGACAUCUGCCUGCAUCUUCGCGUCGCCUCUCUUUCGGAAAGAGCGGCUAUUCGGUCUUGGACUUCGGCAACCGCAGCUCAGCACCAACAUCGUCUCGCAUGUGGUACUCAGAGCUUUCGUCUGACGAUCGAUCGGCUACGCUUUCGAGCUUCCUCCGUGGGUGGACAGACCGAGCAUCUCGCUCGCGUGAGUCCUCUGCUCCCAUCACUCCGCUGGAGCCGCUGUCUGCAGCGCCAAGCGAGAGCCAUAGUGUGGACUACAGCGUCUCUGCCAGUUUAGCGACAUCUCCGGCGCUGGAUGGAUCUGCGCUCCAAAUAGGCACCUCGGCUGGUUCGGCGAGGACCGAUGAAGAGCCGAAAAUGACCCAGCGUGUUGAUACCGCAGAGCCCAUACCGCCGCGGGCGUCAUCCAUGUUGACAUCGCGCACAAUAGAGCGUCACACAGCCUCUCGAUUGCCCGGCCUACCUCCUCCUCGCGCCCAGAUCAACGUAGCCUUCGAAGUGGGAGAGGAUCGCGCGAAAGUGGAAGGCUUUAAUCGCAAGCCAGAGCCUUUGCCCGAGGCAGAGGCCAAAUUUCGCGAGCCUACAUUCAGCAUGGCCGAUGAUGUCGAGUUUUUGAAAGCAUUAGAAGAAGUGCGUCGGCGGCACAAGGUGCGAUUGAAGCAGAACUUGCAAGCAGCACGAGACGAUAAGAGCGAAACUGCCACCCGUGCUUUGCAGCCUCGUCAAGACUCUCGAUCCCGCGCAAGUUCCGCUGAGCGCCCCUUGCCGCCCCCGCCGCAAGUGCAAAGGGCAGAACCUAGCAAGCCGCGACAACGCGCCAACAGCGCCAGUGCCAAUUUGGGUAAAUUCUUCUCUCCUCCCAUGCUAAAGAGCCUUUCCAAGGCCGCAUUCGACAAGGAGUCGGUGUUAGAGACCAUUGAGCUGUUCCAGACACCUUUACAAGUUGGUCAAGCGGCGGGCAAGUCACAGAAGGGUGCAUUUGACAAUGAUGAUGACUGGAAGAAAGAAGUCAAAGCGCUAUUUGUCAUCCGCGAGCUGGUGCAGACGGAGCGUAGCUAUGCGCGUCACUUGGAGAGCCUCAUGCAGGCAGUGCGACGCUUGUCGAAUCCUCAAAUCGCCUCCGCCAAGAAGGAUAGGCGCCUGAGUCAGUCUGAGGUGGUGGCCAGCCACAUUUUGAGCUUGCGCACGCUUCUUCCGCAACUCAUCGCAGUCAGCCGCGCCUUGGUCACUCGCAUCGACGAAGACCCGACCGCUGCUGGCGUCGGUGCAACAUUCCGUGUCGUGGCGGCACAACUAGAGGCUACGUUUGUCGGCUGGAGCUUCACGGUCACGGACAUCAUGGAGGGCCUGCGAGCCAGCGAUGCGCAGAAAAGCAAGUCCAAGGGCAAAUUGGGCAAGGUGUAUCUACUGCCUGAAACUACCAAGAACAUCAAGACCAUCCAGCAUACGCGCUCGCCUUCGACUCCUUUGUCACUGGCCUCCGCGCAGAGCGACCGCAGGGUCGAAUCUCUUGCUCUCACACGGCCCUCCACGCCUACAAAGGCGCCUUCUGCUUUUGGCGACAUCGAUUCGCCUUCGGCGGACAGCGGUCCCAGCAGCAAAGGCAUGGUCACUUCGCGGUCUGCUUCCUCGCUCGGUUUUGCGCCGCUCCAGGCCACUGCGCUUGGUCGUCGAGCUUUAGGUGCAGUGCGAAAGAACCAUGACACCCCUCCAUCGUCCCUCAAUUCGAAUGGAUUAAAAGGGCUCAGUCCGCUAGACAUCGUUAUUAUGCCUACCCAACGUAUACCCCGAUACCUUUUGCUGCUGCGGGACCUGCAAAGCAACACUCCCGUGGAUAGCCUUUCCUACCUGCGCUUAGAGAGAGCAUUAGACAUUGUCCGGCGCGUCGCCGAGCUGUGCGACGAAGCAUCGCAUAACUAUGCAGAAUAGAGCGUUGCUUGACUCUCAGAAGCUGCAACCGACCGUGCUUGUAUUCUUAAACUAUUCGACUGAGGAGCAUCUC